ACUAUCAUGAACAGAAUCCCACUCUGGGUUCCACCCGCCGCAAAAGGCAUCUUCAUCGGCAUAACCACCUGGAUAACCGUAAACGACCACUUCUUCGAACCCGUAACAAUAGAAGGCGUCUCCAUGGCCCCCACUCUGUCCCCCCUCCUACAACGAAACCGGCGAAAAGACGUACUUCUCAUNGAAAAGUGGAAACCCACAAAAGAUCUCGAAAGAGGUGAUGUGGUGAUGCUGAAUCUCCCACACAAGCCAGAGAAGCUGGGGAUUAAGCGAGUGGUUGCGUUGGAGGGGGAUUGGGUCACAUUGGAUUAUAAGAGGAGGCCGAAAGAGAGUAUUGAGGGGCCGACGGCGGCGGGUCAGGUUUGGGAUGCUAUUGGGGAGCAGAAAGAGUUUGGAGUGGGAAAGAGGAGGUGGAGGGUUCCUCUUGGUCAUGUGUGGGUUGAGGGUGAUAAUGCAGGCAUGAGCAAAGACAGCAACACUUACGGUCCAUCAUUGAUUGCAGCCAAGGCUAUAUACUGUCUCUGGCCGUGGGAACGCUUCGGCGAAAAACACUGGACUGGUUACAAUGUCAAGACCAAAGUCGAACGAGCUACAGAGGUUGAGUAUGGUGAGUGGGAGAACUUGUACUGA